CAAAGUAACCGUUCUCAAGAUGGGCAACAGUAAAAGUUGUGCUCUUUCUGAAGAACUACUAGAGGACCUAAAGUCCAAUACUACAUAUACUGAAGAGCAGCUUUAUGCCUGGUAUCAAGCCUUUCUGAAAGAGUGCCCAAGUGGAUGCAUCAGCAGGGAGCAGUUCGAGGGCAUCUACGCAAGGUUCUUUCCCGAUGCCAACCCCAAGGCCUACGCUCAGCACGUGUUCCGAAGUUUUGACUCGGAUAGUGAUGGCACACUUGAUUUUAAAGAGUAUAUUGUGGCAUUGCACCUCACCUCCUCUGGAAAGACCAGAGAGAAGCUCGAGUGGGCCUUCGCUUUGUACGAUGUUGAUAAGAACGGCAGCAUAACAAAAAAUGAGAUCAAUGAAAUUGUCAAGUCAAUAUUUAACAUGAUCUCCAAAGAAGACCAGAAAAACCUCCCAGAAGAUGAAAACACACCAGAAAAAAGAACAGAAAAAAUCUGGGACUUUUUUGGGAAAAAAGAAAAGGAUAAAAUUACAGAAGGAGAGUUCAUCAAAGGAGUGAUGGACAAUAAGAACAUCCUCAGACUGAUCCAGUUUGAUGAGCCUCAGAAGAUUCAAAACCGAUUGAAACAAAAGAAGCAAUAGUGUUUGUACUGUUGUCUGCUCAAGAUUUCAAAUUUUCACCUUUUAAUUGAUGGAUUUUUUCUGCUCUUAUUUAUGACAAUACACUACCAUUCUCUGACUCACAAUUAGAUUAGACUGACAUGUAUGAAAUAUAAUGUUUAUUAUUUCAAUCCGAAUCAUUUUUAACAUUUAUAAGAACAAACACUAGGCUGAAAAUUGUAGAUAAAUAUAAAUGAUUGGAACAAUUAAACACCAUACAAAUGAAGUGGCUCAAUCAUUAAAGUAAUGUAGGUUACAGUCUGUCCACAAUAUACAGGUAUGCCCAAUAUACAAGUCUUUAAAAAGCAGAAAAUCAUUAAAA